CCGCUCGCCCGCCCGCCCCGGCCGCGUCGGAGGGCCGGCAGCGGGGCUGGAUGUGCCCGGCUCCCCCCGCGCUGAGGUGGGCAGCGAUGCAGAAGGCAGGCGGCAGCUUCGCCUCCGCCGAGAGACACCCGCUCAAGAUGGCAGAUGUGUGUUGAGUUUGGGGGGCUGCGAUCUCGCGUCGUUCGUGGCGGCGUUGCCAUGAAUAACAGGCGUCCUUGCACCGAUGGCCCCCAUGUACGAAGGUAUGGCCUCGCAUGUGCAAGUUUUCUCUCCUCAUACCCUUCAGUCAAGUGCCUUCUGUAGCGUGAAGAAACUGAAAGUGGAGCCGAGUUCGAACUGGGAUAUGACUGGGUACGGCACACACAGCAAAGUCUACAACCAGGGCAAGAACGUGCAGUCCUCCCAAGCAGCCGCCGCAGCAGCCGUCAACGCCUCCCUGCAGAUCCCCAACCCCAGCAUCCCUUACGAGCAGACCAUCAUCUUCCCAGCAAGCACGGGGCACAUCGUGGUUACAUCUGCCAACAGCACCUCCGGCGUGGUCGCGGUGUCUGGGCAAACGCUGGGCGGGCCGCACAACCUGAUGCGUCGCAGCACUGUGAGCCUUCUGGACACCUACCAAAAAUGUGGACUUAAGCGCAAGAGCGAGGAGAUUGAGAACACAAGCAGCGUGCAGAUUAUCGAGGAGCAUCCGCCAAUGAUUCAGAACAAUGCCAGUGGGGCCACUGUAGCCACCGCCACCACCUCCACGGCCACUUCCAAAAACAGUGGCUCCAACAGUGAAGGGGAUUACCAGCUGGUGCAACAUGAGGUGCUCUGUUCCAUGACCAACACGUACGAAGUGUUAGAGUUUCUUGGCCGUGGAACCUUCGGACAAGUAGUCAAAUGCUGGAAACGUGGCACUAAUGAGAUUGUGGCUAUCAAGAUCCUAAAAAACCACCCUUCCUAUGCCCGGCAAGGCCAGAUUGAAGUGAGCAUCCUGGCUCGGCUGAGCACGGAAAGCGCGGAUGACUACAACUUUGUCCGUGCUUACGAAUGCUUCCAGCACAAGAAUCACACAUGCUUGGUAUUUGAAAUGUUGGAGCAGAACCUCUAUGAUUUCUUAAAACAAAAUAAAUUCAGUCCCUUGCCCCUUAAGUACAUUCGACCGAUUCUCCAGCAGGUAGCAACUGCCCUAAUGAAGCUGAAAAGCCUGGGACUGAUUCAUGCUGAUCUCAAACCAGAGAACAUCAUGCUGGUAGACCCAUCCCGACAGCCAUAUAGGGUCAAGGUCAUAGACUUUGGUUCAGCUAGCCAUGUGUCUAAGGCUGUGUGUUCUACUUACCUUCAAUCCAGAUACUACAGAGCCCCCGAAAUCAUCCUCGGUUUACCCUUUUGUGAAGCAAUCGAUAUGUGGUCAUUGGGAUGUGUCAUUGCAGAGCUGUUCUUGGGUUGGCCCUUGUACCCAGGAGCUUCAGAGUACGAUCAGAUUCGCUACAUUUCACAGACGCAGGGCUUACCAGCAGAGUACUUGUUAAGUGCAGGGACAAAGACCACGAGGUUUUUCAACAGGGAUACAGACUCACCGUAUCCCUUGUGGAGGCUGAAGACGCCAGAUGAUCAUGAGGCAGAGACGGGGAUUAAGUCAAAGGAAGCAAGAAAGUAUAUUUUCAACUGUUUGGAUGAUAUGGCACAGGUGAACAUGACGACGGAUUUGGAGGGCAGCGAUAUGUUGGUGGAGAAGGCAGACCGGCGGGAGUUCAUAGAUCUGCUGAAGAAGAUGCUGACGAUAGAUGCGGAUAAGAGGAUAACCCCCAUCGAAACUCUGAGCCACCCCUUUGUCACCAUGACACACUUGCUCGACUUCCCUCACAGCACACAUGUCAAGUCCUGCUUCCAGAACAUGGAGAUUUGCAAGCGGCGGGUGAAUAUGUACGACACGGUGAACCAGAGCAAGACACCAUUCAUCACCCACGUGGCCCCAAGUACAUCGACCAACCUGACCAUGACUUUUAACAACCAGCUCAACACAGUCCACAACCAGACCACCAACCUGGCUCCCACCUCCUCCAGUGCCACUAUUUCCUUAGCCAACCCCGAGGUCUCCAUACUAAAUUACCAAUCUGCACUCUACCAGCCCUCAGCGGCGUCCAUGGCUGCGGUGGCCCAGCGGAGCAUGCCCCUGCAGACGGGAACGGCGCAGAUCUGUGCCCGGCCAGACCCCUUACAGCAAGCCCUCAUCGUCUGCCCUCCAGGCUUCCAAGGGUUACAAGCGUCCCCUUCGAAGCACGCCGGGUACUCGGUGCGGAUGGAGAACGCCGUCCCCAUUGUCACCCAGGCUCCUGGGGCCCAGCCUCUUCAGAUCCAGCCAGGACUCCUCGCACAGCAAGCAUGGCCCAGUGGCACUCAGCAGAUCCUGCUCCCUCCUGCCUGGCAGCAGCUGACCGGGGUGGCCACCCACACGUCUGUCCAGCACGCCACCGUCAUCCCGGAGUCCAUGGCAGGCACCCAGCCGCUGGCAGACUGGAGGAACACGCACGCCCACGGCAGCCACUACAACCCCAUCAUGCAGCAGCCCACGCUGCUGGCCAGCCACGUGGCCCUGCCCGCCGCCCAGCCCGUCAACGUGGGCGUCGCGCACGUCAUGCGCCAGCCGCCCGCCGCCGCCUCCGCCAGGAAGAGCAAGCAGCACCAGUCGGCUCCACGCAAUGCAUCCACGUAUGAAGUUUCAUCCUCCCAGUCCAUCAGCUCGCCCCAGCGGUCGAAACGCGUGAAGGAGAACACGCCUCCCCGCUGUGCCAUGGUGCACACCAGCCCUGCCUGCAGCACCUCGCUGACGUGCGGCUGGGGCGACGCGGGCGGCGGCGCGCGGGAGCGGCAGCGGCAAACCAUCGUCAUCCCCGACACCCCCAGCCCCGCCGUCAGCGUCAUCACCAUCAGCAGCGACACGGACGAGGAGGAAGAGCAGAAGCAUGCACCCACCAGCACCUUGUCCAAGCAGAGGAAGAAUGUCAUCAGCUGUGUCACCGUGCAUGACUCCCCCUACUCCGACUCCUCCAGCAACAACAGCCCUUACGCCGUGCAGCACCGCACAGGGCAGAACAAUGGGAACAGCUACGACACCAAAGGGGUUCCAGAGACUCACUGCAGUGGGAACCCCCGAACCAUCAUCGUGCCACCACUGAAAACCCAGGCCAGUGAGGUGUUGGUAGAGUGCGAUAGCCUGGCACCAGUCACCACCAGUCACCACUCAUCCUCCUACAAGUCCAAGUCCUCCAGCACCGUGACCUCCACCAGCGGUCACUCUUCAGGGAGCUCGUCUGGAGCCGUUGCCUAUAGGCAGCAGCGACCAGGAGCACAUUUCCAGCAGCAGCAGCCUCUAAAUCUAAGUCAGGGCCAGCAGCACAUCUCGACUGACCGCGCAGGGAGUCACCGGCGACAGCAAGCCUACAUCACUCCAACGAUAGCUCAGGCCCCGUACUCCUUCCCGCACAAUAGCCCCAGCCACGGCACGGUCCAUCCCCACCUGGCCGCCGCCGCCCACCUGCCCACGCAGCCCCACCUGUACACAUACACCGCCCCCGCCGCCCUGGGCUCCACGGGCACCGUCGCGCACCUGGUGGCGUCGCAGGGCUCGGCGCGGCACGCGGUGCAGCACACCACCUACCCCGCCGGCAUCGUGCACCAGGUCCCCGUCAGCAUGGGCCCGCGCGUCCUGCCCUCGCCCACCAUCCACCCCAGCCAGUACCAGGCUCAGUUUGCCCAUCAGACCUAUAUCAGUGCUUCUCCAGCCUCCACAGUCUACACUGGAUACCCACUGAGCCCCACCAAGGUCAACCAGUACCCUUACAUCUAAACACUGGAAUAAAAGAGCGAGAGAGACGCGCCCGGCCCGGGGGGAGUGAGGCAGCCGCUUUUGUGUUGAAGAACGUGACAAACUAACAAUGCAAUGGGAGGCUCGCGUGAAACUUGAACGAAGGAGACUUUAGGAAGAAAAGAAAAAGAGGAAAGAAGGGGGAAAAAACCAAUUCUACAGUUUUUAUUUAAAAAAAAGAAAAGAAAAUGGAAAAAAAGAACAGAAAAAAAAUAAACCACACAAAAAAAAACAAACAACCAUUCUGCACCAAACUAGAGAGAAAGAGAGAAGGAGAAGGACCCUUCAGCGGGUCCUGUCUUUUGAAGAACUUCACCAAUAGACUUUUAAAGGUUAUUUUCAUCCAAUAGUGAGCUACAUUUAGAAAUUUGUUGUCCAGAACACCUAAAAUGAAAUCCAUUAGGUUUUUAAUCCUGUAGGUAUAUGGAUUAGGGAUUUAUCCAGCAUUUCAAAGGAUUUAUACCGCAGUUUUUGUAUCCCAGAGUAUACAUAGGUUUGGGGGGAUUUUUAACAUAAAAAGAAAGUGGGUAAGGGAGGCUGAGGGUGGAGGACAAAACAUUGUCCCAGUGCUCUAAAUUUGGGCCUAACACUGUUAUACUUAAACACACCUGGGCAAAACAGGCCAUGCAGCACUGGUUGAGAGCAGAAGCAAUGGGGGUGUUUCUCCCUGUUAUUGAACACACUGGAUAAAUCCCUGAGAAAUGCUAUUCCUAAACAAAAUCUCUAAUAAUGUAUAUUGGAUUUCAGUUGCAUUUGUUUUAGGGUUUUGUUUUGUUUUUUUGGAAGUGUUCCUUUUCAAUCCCUAGCCAUUUUAGUAUAGGAGGAGACAUUUUAGCUGCCCCGAACCCCCUGCCCCCCGCCCCGGUAGAAUGUAGCACUAUACAGGUCAUACCCCUUUUUACUCUUUUGUGUUGAACUUCAACGAUACCAAUAGACUAUUCCUCAAUGUGAUUGCACAAAGAAAAGUGAUAUAACAUAGGCAUGUAACAAUGUGAUUGUCCAGGUGUGUGUGUGUGUGUGUGAGUGCAGAUGCUGCCUUCUCUCUGUGAUGUGUUCCUCGGCACAGCCAUUACAACUGUCACAGUCUUAGUUUUACAUCAUUCCCUCGUAGUGCCUUACCAAACUACAGACGCGGUUUAAGGGUUUACUUCCACUGGUACUCCUAGAAACUGACUGAGGCUAGUUGGAAUUUACUCUCAGCUCUUUUUCUUUCUUCUUCUUCUUUUUUUUUUUGAGGGGGGGGAGGGGGGUGGUUGUUACUGCUGAUUUUCUCCUGCUGGUGGUGUUGGGUUUUUUUCACAUCGUCAAUUGUAGCUCACUUGGCGAGGUGUUGGGGUGGCUCGUUGGGGUCAGAAGUGCAUAUAACUGGGUGUUUUGUCAAGCACUGGAUGGGCUAGAAGCAACCAGGUCAGUUGUGAGGACCCAGAGGGUCUGGGGACUCAUUUGUGGACUGGUCUGUUUCUGCCCUGUUGAAAUAGCAGGUUUCCUCCCUGGAAACUGAAUUCUCAUUCUGCUGUUUGCCGAUGUUCUCGAUGGAGUGGGAGGACAUUGUCCACCCUCAUCAUCAGGUUGUCCUGGUCAUGUGUCUGAAAUGGGAACAAAAAUUUAGUCCUUGAUAGGGGGAAACACUAGUUGUUGCCAACAUCUCUCACUGUGUCUGUUGAUGAGAAAGGGUCAGGAAAGGGCUGGAGUCCCAAAGCAAGCAUGAGAAAAUCCAGUUGAGAGAGUCAAUCUCAGGUUUCUUAAAUGAAAAGAGUAUUGUAAUACAUAGAGCCUUACCCACUCGAACAUAGCUGUGACACUGUGUGCCUCCCCUGCUCUCUUUUCACUUACACCCCGAAAAACCGCCUGCAAUGGCAGAGUGACCCUGGAACUGGAGAGUAGGUUGGUGCUCCACACCAAGAAAUGCUACAUGGUUGUUUUGUUUUCCAACAGUUUCUAAAGAGAGCCUUUCCUGUCAUUGGUUUGGUUCAGCAGGGAGUUUCCCUGGUAAUGGCACUUGCACUGGUGCAUCAGUACCAUCAUGCCUGUGGAUGUCCUGAGGAGGAAGGAGAGAAAGGAGUUUGGUAGAACGUUUCCAUGAAAGCUGAAGUCUGUGGGGCUGCUCGGUUCCACUCUACAUUUCUUUGUAACUAGAGCAUGGAGUAGUCAGGUGUUUUGCAAGAUGCUGGAAAAUAGCAGGUUUGUUGGCAGGGUGGUGAGGGAUGGGUUCCCUGAGUGGCAGUGAGGAAGGAGGCUCUCUCAGGUUGGAAAAGCUGACAGAAGGACAAGCAUAAAUACAUUGUUUUGCAGUAAGUGCUUGGCUGGCCUGGAAGAUGAAGGGAUCCUGCUACGCAUAGGCUGCUCAACAAGGCCAUUGUCUUCUGGCAAACCACCAAAUAACCUUCCUGGUUGCUAGCUCUGGUUCCUGGGCCACUCUUGCACAGUUUUCUUCUCCUGCCUGUCCUUCAUUCCAGCUCAGUAUACUGUAGAUGAGGAUGCAAUCUCCCAGCAGCCUAUGCACCUUACCCCCGCUCUUGUUUUGGAAAGACACGUCCCCUUUCGUCUGAGGCAGGAAAAUAAAGCCCUGCUCUCUCUCUUGCAUUCCUCUCCUCUCUCACCAGUUUGGGAGCGAGAGCAUCAUGCUGCUUAUGUCAUGAAAAGGAAAGAUAAUGUUAUUUUAUUGUAUGGUUGUUAUGAUUAUGAUUAUUAUUUUAUUAUUAUUAUAUUUUACUCUGGGUUUUAAUUGCACACGCAUUCCUUAAACUUUUUGGGGUUUUUUUUUCUCUUAUUGUUGUUAUUGUUGUUUAUUUUAUUUCUCUUCAUCAGUGGCAUUGGAAGGGUUACUGUGAUUAUGAGAACUGCAGGAGGAAAGAGAAACGAGAAUAUUCUGAUGAUGAAAACUCUGCCACUAAUCUGGGGGAGUGGGACUGCUCAGUGAGAGUGGUUACAGCCUUGAGGAGCAGGGGUUGUCUUCUGGGUCACAUCUGCAUUUCAGGAUAAGUCCAGAAACAUUCAUUCAGAGGCCAGCACCUGCUAGCAGCUAACAUAAUGAUCUGCCAGGAGAGCUGGAUCAAAGGCAGGCAAGGACCUUGGUGGCCCAGGGUCCAGCUCACCAUCCCUUAGCUUGAAAGGACAUUUAUAUAAGAUUAAGACUUAUUUGUGCUCCAAGCCAUGAUCACUGAGCCCUUGCAAACAACACAAGGCCACACUACAUAUUAAGAGUUUGGUUUUCCUAGAGGAGGACAUGGUUGGAUGGCUCUCCAGAAACAGGGCUAUGGAAGGAGCCACAGCAGAGCUGCAAGGGUUGCUCUCAGUCCCAUCACUGGAUAAAGCACACUGGCACACACAGAUGGCAUUAGCUGGGUAAAGCAUGGCUCAGACAGGGCAGUGUUCCUCACCUGCUCUUCCUCUCUCACUGAAGGCUAUUUAGGUGCCCACAGGCCAGGAUGCUUGGUUUCAUUUUUUUUUCUUUGUUUGUUCCUGAUGUAGAUUUUCCCUUCUUUUACAAUUGUUUGUUGUGGAAUUCCGUUAUGCUGUUCUGAUUGCUACAGUUUAGUUAUUUCUGGUUUGAUUUGCAUCACCUGCUCUUUUAGAAUAGGAGGAAGCAGUGACUGAAUUUGAAUUCCAUCAAAAAAUUACAGGACUUCAGCAAAGACUAAAAGUUAAUCCAUGCACUUGAGUGCUUUGCUAAAGAACUUAAAUACUUGUUUAUGUGCUCCUCUGGCCUAAGAUCAGCAAAGCAUGGAAGGUUGCAGUCUCAAUCACAGUCGUGUUUUACUUGUAUUAAUUGCAUUUUCCCUGUGUACCCAUCUGGCCUGCUCUCCCACGUGGGCUCAGAUCUGAUUUUGGGGGGUAUUUGACAGUGGAACUGUUCCAUCAGCACAGACUGGCAGAGAGAAUGAUUACAGUGCAUGUCAGAGGAGCCACCUUUCACAUUGUCCAUCCUGGAGCUGCUGGUCUGUCAGGCAGUUGUGGUGGUGGGAUGCUGAUUACAAGAGAUGCACAGCACAACCAUCAGAUUGCUUUGAUGGUGCAGCCCUGUGUGAGAGCUGUGUUUUCUGGUGGGUAUAAGGGAGCUGAGCAACACCUCCUCCCUCACACUCCUAUAAAGGAAUUGUAUGGAUGAAGGCGUGGUUGGUCAUAGGGGAAACACAGUCAUUUCAGCAGAGGAAGUAAAAGCUUUGCAUGCUGUCAGCACCACACACGUCAUAACAGCCAGCUGGUUUUGCUUGCAGAGUCCUUUGGAGAGGAAAUGGGAUUGGCAUGGUUUGGGUCAGUUGGUGUUCCUUGUGUGCAUGGAGUACAUGGUGUGGAAACUUGAGGGGGUAGGAGAAUGUUUAGAUACUGGAAGUUUUGUGGGUGGCUUAUGGCUGGCAGAGUGAAAAAGUGCUUCUUUUCCCCAUUAUGUCCUCUUGCCUUCUGCCUGUGCAGGAAGCAGAAGGGAGCACAGACAUUGUCUCUCCUCAGGAGGAUGUUCUGUUGCCUGCUGUGAGCUCAGAAUGCAGGAGGGAGGGUAGAGAACCACUGACAUGAGCAGACUGGAAAACCCAAAUGGAAGCAGAUUUCACUGUAGAGUGGUUAAAGCCAGUCAUUUGAGAGAACAAAUGCAAUUGAAUCUUCCUUAGCAGGUUUUACCUGCUUGUACCCAACAAAUUGGGCUUUGGCAGGUCUCUAAUUCUCUCUCUUUCUCUAGUAGUUUUGGUGUAAUACACAAAACAUUCCAAGAAAGGGACACUUUUGACUGUGACAUUUUUCCUUUUUUUGUAUGUUCAAGGGAUUGUGUAUUGUAAUUUGGUUUGAAGGCAAUUCCAUUAGCAAUUUGAAGGGCAAUAAACUUGUUUUUUUCUUUAACCAAAGAUACUUUAUUUUUUUAAAAAAAGAGAGAAAGAGACUCCCAUCUACUCCAGAAAUUAAAUGAAGCCACGAGUCAUGAGCACCAGGCAAUGAGGAUACACCGUGGAACUCAAUCUUUGCAUUCAUUUAUUUUUUUUUCUUUUUCUCUCUCUCUCUCAAGUUUCUGACAUCUUUUUGAGUAGCUAGCUUGAUGAGCAGAGAAAUUCACACUAAAUGUUGCUGCUAUCCUAAACUGUAGGGGAUGUCAAAAACUUUUUUUCUUCUCUUGUUAUCGUUCACAUUGAUUUAAGUGUUUUAGUGGUGACAUUGCAGUGUGCAAAUGAUGAGCUCUGUAGUGGGGAUAAGCUUCUGAAUGCUCUGCAUGAUUCUGUAGUGUCUCCUCUGGAUUUAGGACACUGGUUUUGUUCUGUGGGUUCAUAAAAUCAUAGAAUAUGCUGAGUUGGAAGGGACUUAGCAAGAUCAAGUCCAACUCCUGGCCCUGUACAGGACACCCCAAGAAUGACACCAUGUGCCUGAGAGCAUUGUCCAAAUGCUUCUUGAAUUCUGUCAGGCUUUGUGCUGUGACCACUUCCCUGGGAAGCCUGUUCAGUGCCCACCACCCUCAGGGUGAAAAACUUUUUGCUGAUAUCCCAAACAGUGAUGUUGUGGUCAGGCCAGGCACAGCUGGGUGUUGGACUUGGACUUGUGUUCCUCCAUGUCUUUGCAAUCAUUGGAGAUCCGCAGUGCUACUUGUGGGCCAAACCCUGGAUACCUGUAUGCAAGGUCUGCCCUGGGGAGGCAAUACAGAUGGGAGAGGUGUAGGAAGGGAAUGUUUUCCCUCUUCCUGUUGACAUAGCUGUCCCUACCGUGGUCCCAUUUGCUGUGUGAGCUUCAAAGCAGUUGCUCUGUGGUCCUGGGCACUUAUCCUCAUCACCCUCCUGGUGCUCCUGUGAGAAGGACCUGUGUCCCAAGUACCUGGAAUCCCCAGCUUAUUUCCCAAGGCCCACUUCAGUGCCUACAAAUCAUUUUUCUCCAUCCAGACAUAGGGAGGAGAUGGUUCUCUGCUGCUGAGGUUCCCCCACUGCCAUACUCCAACGAAGCUGCCUCUGAUGAUGGUGACAAUUUCACCCAGGGUUGCAGAUGCUGAGUGAGGUGCUUGAAGAAAUGGUGCCAGUCCUGUUGUUGGUGGCUGUGCAUAGACUCCUUGCAGGAGUACUGCACUGAGUGAGAGGAGCUGGGCUUUCCACACUGGUCUCCAUCCCUGUGGUCCAUCCUCCCCACCACUACCUGUGUGUGUGUUGCUGCGAUGCCACCAUGCUCACCAGGCACACAGUGACACCCACAGCAGGGGUGGCCAUGGAAGGAAGGCCUGGCACUGUGCAGAGGGGCUGCUCACAAAGGCUCUGUGCUCCAGGGCUCCUUGUCCCCUGUGACAAAUGUGAUUGCUGUGAGGGACCCCAGAGGCAGGGGUUACCUGUGAGGAGCUGCUGAUGCGGGUGGUGGUGUGAGAACCAGUCUGAGGUAAACUGACCUGGGUUCUGCAUGUGUCAAAUGCUUUCAGUGGGAAGACGUGGUUUUAGAGCAUUUGUGUGUGUUGAGAGUGAAAUUUGAAUGGUAGAUUGGCUUGGUUCUUCAGAACUCUUAUGAAGCAUACUAGGAGGUUUUGUGUUCGGCAUUUGUGGUUUGAAACUCCUGUUUCUCAUUUACGGGUUAGCUUUGUCCUUCCAGUUUUAGCAGUGCUGCUAUAACAGACUAUUCAUGUGUGUUUGAAGAUAUAGUUUUUGUUUUUAAUCUUUUGCUUAUCAUAGUUAAUCUAAGAAAGGCAAUACUAAAGGUAUAUUUUUUUCCAAAAAUGAUAUUUUUUACUGCACUGAUAAAUAUUGUGACAUCUCUGUUCUUAACUCUUUCGCUGUGAGGGGAACUGUGUGCAGAUUCACACAAACCUUGUAAAUAUUUUUGUGUACUUCUGACAGCCAGGGAUCUUCCUUCCUUUCCUUCCUUUCCUUCCUUUCCUUCCUUUCCUUCCUUUCCUUCCUUUCCUUCCUUUCCUUCCUUUCCUUCCUUUCCUUCCUUUCCUUCCUUUCCUUCCUUUCCUUCCUUUCCUUCCUUUCCUUCCUUUCCUUCCUUUCCUUCCUUUCCUUCCUUUCCUUCCUUUCCUUCCUUUCCUUCCUUUCCUUCCUUUCCUUCCUUUCCUUCCUUCCCUCCCUCCCUCCCCUCUAUUUCCAUUCUCAUUCACUUCCUUCUUCAUUUCCUUCUUCCUCUUCUUUCUUUCUUUCAAACAAGGUUUCCUCUUUGAAACAGAAAGCAAUGGGGCAACAAUGCUCAGCAAAAGCAAAGCUUAUCCCACUUUCACAACGUAGCCAAGGAGUUUUUGCAGUGCUGGCAUAGAGUUAAUAUUUAAGCCGAUGUAUUUUGAUUUUUCAGCAAGCUGUUUGGAAAGGAAUAAGAUGGAUAGAAAAGCUUCGGCCUGGAAUUCUGAUCAGAAGAGUUACCCAUCUAUUUUAUGGCAUUUUUUCUUAUGGUUUCCUUUUCUUUAAAAAAACUUUAAAAUUAAAAAAGGCUUGUUGCAGGCUUGCUUGCCUGAGCUCUAGGCUGGUUGGUGGCUGUCCUGGGAGUGCCUUGUGCUCUGGGACCGCUGGCUCCUUUGGAAGCAAACCCACUGAUCAGGAUUCUGGAUUCUGAUUGCUUCAAUGGGUAUCCCCCGGUACUGUGGGAUACUUUUGCUUUUUUAAAAGAAGGAUUUAAAUACACUUACAUUACGCAAACUGUGACCUAAUGGCAAUAAUUACCUCAAAUGUGGGCAUUCAUCCUGGUUUUAGCCUUUCUGAAAUCAUGUAGCCAGCUUGAACUUUGAUUCAAAGACUCUGAACUCCAUAGGGGCAGAAUAGCGAUAAAUGCCCACCCUGGUCAUUGUUGCUUGAGUGAAUUCUGAAGACAGUAAAUCUUUAAAAAGAAAAAAAAAUUAAACCAAGGAAUAGAUUACUCUUUUAUGUAUUUUAAUCAAUUGUGAUGUUAAAAUGCACAUGUAAGUAUAUAUGUUUAUAGCUACUGUAAAAUGCUUUGGCCUUCUAGAAGAUAUUUAAUGAGUCACAUUUUAAACCAAUAUGAACUGAAUAAUAGACUGUGGCUACUUAAACAGUUUUCUGGCUACAUUUUAUAGUUACUACAGUGUUUUAUAGUUUACAUUUAAACUGGUACUUUUUAAGGGAAAUCUUGUGUUUAUAAGUGACACCUUCAAAAACUCAAUACAGCUGCCUCUUUUUUAAUUUUGCCCUUUAAAAAUAGAAAAGUACAAGUGUGUUUUUAAUAUGUAUAUUCUGUUUUGAGAUAUAACAUAGUGUUGGAAAGUCAGUCCAGAGAUGAAGUAAUCCAAUGUAUUCCAAAAUCUGAUUGAAAAAACACUCCACCCGCUUUGAAGAUUUAGUUCAACAGAUAAGCUAUUUGUUUGUUUGCUUGUUUUAAUAACGUGCUUUAUCAGGCCUCCCUGGUUUGAAGCAGGGAGCAUGAUACAAAAUUCACUGUUCUAUGUAAGAUCCUCAUUUGGAUGAAGAUACCCACAUUAGGAGAAUGAAGGAUAUUCAUAAGAAGGAUUGUAUUGUACUGUUGAUAAAUCAUUAGCCAAACAAAUAAUUCCUGAGUUAGUGAAUGCUUGUUUUAUUUGGGGGGGUGGGAGGGGGGUUGUUUGUAAGUGUGUGUGUGUGUGUUUGUGUGAGCCACUCAGAGGCAAUGCUGUAAUUUGGCUUUCAUCUGUUCACCCCUUUCUUACAAAUGAUGCUCACCACCACAGAAAUGUUUUAAACCAGUAAACAAAAUACAAAGUUCACUCACCAUCUCCUUGUCAACUCUGUUUUCUCAGCACAUGCCAGUCCCCAUUAAUGCUGUUCCCCACUGCUGCUACCCUGUACUUUGCAUUUUGAUAUAUCACAUUCCCCACCCCCUGGUCUCACUUAGCUGUCUAGUUUUUUUCUGUUGUGUUCUCUCACUUGGGUAAUCAAUGAACAUGGUAUAAAUGUCUGCUGGGCAAAAUGGUACUUUGAGGUCCCAAAAGUACAGGAACUGACAUUUAAAAAUAUGUAUAUGUACAUCUGGGCUUCAGCUGUGGAGCUGGGGUGUUUAGGGGAGGGCUCCUUUUGUGUUUCCACCGUGCUGUAUUUGUCAGCUCGCAGCAGAGGUGGGGCAAAGGAGCAAUCGGCGACGCUUUGCAGCUGGGCACCGAUGCUGCUCCCAGUACAACCAGAGCCCUGGGGCUGGGGAGCUCAGCCUGCCUCCUCCUCCUCAGCACCGUUCCCGUGGUUGCCAUUCCUGCCUGGCCGCGUUGCCAAAGCCAUCAGGUGUCACACGGGCAGCCAGGAGUGCCAGCAGCACUCGGGCCAGCUGGCAAACACCCCCCCUGCCUCACUGUGCGCCACCACUCCAUCACCAGGCUUCACUGCCCGCUCCCCUGUGCUCCCGGGCAGAGUCACACUCACAAAUAAAUGCCAGCACACUCCAGGAGCCACAGAGUCUUGUUGAGUACCUUGGCUUGCAGCUUGUUCAGCAAGAAGGGGUUUCCAACACUGGCAACGCACAUCCCAUAGGAUCUGGAUGGUUACAUACAGCACCUCUGCCCUCAGCAAGGAAACAAAGUGCUUCUGCAACGCUUCCACCUCACGUGGUUACAUACAACACUUCUGCCUUUUCUUUUCCCCUGUUAGCCCUUAUGUGUUUGAUUUUUUUAAUUUUCUCUAUAUAUAUUUUUACUCUGUAUUCUUGAAACAAAACUUCCACAGCUAUUCCAGGGCACAACCAUUUCAGGUGUAAAAAAGGAUCUCCACAUCCCAUGUUUCACCAACAAAGCAAUCAAGGCAUUUUGGGUACCAGAUUCUACUUGGGCAGAACCAGAAUGUAGCCUGUAUAUUUCAUACCAAAUCCAAUUUCUGAAAGGAGAGGAAGUGUCAUUAAUAGCUUUAAUAAAGGAGUGUGUGUGAGAGAGAGAAAGAGAGGGAGUGAGAAAGAGAGAAGAACAAGGGGCAUCUUGGAAGGUGAAAAGUCUAGAUUUUGGGUAGUUAAAAAUGAACCAAUGGGUGAAACUUUUUUUUUUUUUUUUUUAAUGAGCUGUAAAAUCCUUUUAAAAACAGGAGGGGUGAAAUGGAGGGAACAUUUUAUGCCUUUCAACUACCCACAAGCCCAGCAUACUCUGGAUGGAAAGUGGAAGUUAAUAUACACUGCACCAAAAUUACUAAGGGAAGGUGGGGGCAGAGCUGUGAAAUGCUAUUGCAGUCGCAAGGGAAAGAUGCCCCUGCCCCAGCUCUGGAUCCCAAGUGGUUCUUUCUCUACAGUAUCAUCUCAGCCCAGUAACCCCACGAAAGCCCUGAGCCGUUGUGUUCCUUCACUGUACGGUUUCUGUAAUAAGAGUGUUAAUCCAUGUUAAUCUUUGUGAAAAUUAUUGUGUGCAACAGUAUUUUCUUGUGUACUGCUUUUUACCUAUGUGAAUUGUCCCUUUUUGUUUUCUUUCUUUUCUUUCCUUCCUCUUUUUUCUUUUUUUUUUUCUUUUAGUAAUAUGUCUUUCUUCUUUUAAAAGAAAAAACAAAAACAAACUGAUGUGUUGUAGACCUAUAUGUAACCUAUUCCUUAGUCUCAUAUUAUAGGUAUGUUAUAAGAAUGGAUAUUUUACUUGGCUUUAGAAUGUUUUACAAGAAAACUAAUUCUUAACCAAUCAAGUUCUUGCUACUAAAAAAAAAAUGCUUGUGUUUUUCAUCAUGACGUUGUGUGCUUCUAAUUAAUAAUCAUUUUCGUUGUAGAAAAAUGGAGUGAAUUUAUAUUAGUCUUGGAAACUAAUAAUAGCAUUGUAAAUUUAUGAGAUGAUUUUAACAGAAAAUACAUUAUAGAAGAAUAUAGUUAUUUUAAUUGUAAUAUUACUAACUGUAGGGUGAGAAAGGAGGUCCCGUUGUGGUGAACUAUGUUAUAGCUUGUUAUUCACAGUUUCUUUUUGAUCAUUUUUUCGGUCUCUGAGGUGAAACGAGUUAUUAAUCAGAAUUUGUCAACUCACAUAUGCAUAUUGUAUAUGUGUAGAAAUGUAAUCACACUUUGUCUUGGAAUUACAUUAAACUGUUUUAAGUCAC